AUGCAGCCCCUGGACAGCGCCGGGGCCGCCGAGCCGCUGGAACCUGGGCUGCCACUGACGGACGGUGAGCCCCCGGGCGCACAGGCGGAGCCGGCGGCCACCGAGGCAGGGGAGACUCCCGCCCCCAGUAGGUGCUGCCUGUGCCGCUCCUCGCCGUGCGGCUCGUGCGCGCAGCCGGAAGCCAAGAAGAAAACACCCUGUCCUGGACUUGGCUUGUUUUACACAUUAUUGUCUGCCUUCCUUUUCUCAGUGGGCUCUUUAUUUGUUAAAAAAGUGCAAGAUGUCCAUGCUGUAGAAAUUAGCGGAUUUCGAUGUGUGUUCCAAAUGCUAGUCAUUAUCCCUUGCUUAAUAUACAGAAAAACUGGGUUUAUAGGCCCAAAAGGUCAGCGAAUCUUACUCCUCUUCCGAGGCGUCCUGGGGUCUACGGCAAUGAUCCUCCUAUACUACGCGUUGCAGUCCACGUCGCUCGCUGACACCACAGUCAUCACGUUCAGCAGUCCAGUAUUUACAUCUAUAUUUGCUUGGAUAUUUCUUAAGGAAAAAUACAGUCUAUGGGAUGCUCUCUUCACCACCUUCGCAAUCACAGGAGUGAUCCUCAUUGUCAGGCCCCCGUUUUUAUUUGGUUCUAACACUACAGGGAUGGAAGAAAACUAUUCCGUUCACUUGAAGGGCACGUUCGCAGCCAUUGGACAUGCUGUAUUUGGUGCCUCGACUCUCAUUAUCUUAAGGAAAAUGGGGAAAUCUGUGGACUACUUUUUGAGCAUUUGGUAUUAUGUAAUCCUUGGCCUCAUCGAAUGCGUCAUCGUCCUCUUUAUAUUAGGAGAAUGGAGUCUGCCGUACUGUGGGCUGGAUAGACUGUUUCUCAUUUUGAUUGGGCUCUUUGGUCUGGGCGGUCAGGUGUUUCUCACCAAAGCCAUUCAAAUAGAAAAAGCAGGACCAGUAGCAAUAAUGAAGACGAUGGAUGUGGUCUUCGCUUUCAUCUUUCAGAUUAUUUUCUUUAAUGAUGUGCCCACGUGGUGGACAGUGGGUGGUGCCCUGUGCGUUCUAGCCAGUAGUACUGGAACAGCCAUUCGUAAAUGGUGCCAGAGUUCCAAAUGAAGCGUCAUCACGAAUGUGUUUUCAAAUAUACCGUCACCCAGUUCAGACCCUCCACAGAUCCACACAUCUAGAAAGGAUGACUUUACUCCAUUGAUUAUAUGGAAUAAGGUUCGUAAUUCCAGUACCCUUUUUGAACAUGGUAUGUCUUCAAUUUGUAAGAACAGCCAGUUGGUUGAGUCUAGCAAUUUUUUAUUAUUAUUUUUUUGUUCUGGAUUUGGAUUUUUGUUGUUAUUAAGAUGGCGCUGGCAAGAGGACAACUCAUUAAUUGAAGAAAAAUUGGGAAAAAAAUAUGACUAUUCUAUGUAACUUUUAAAGUGUAUUUUUGGUACUGAUGGACUAAAGGUGGGAAAGAAAUUCCAGAUAUUCUUUUAGUUAGUGUAGAUGCUAAGGAACUUACUGGUAAUAAUGCUGCUAUAAUUAAUAUGUUGAUAAUUCAUUUGAAACAUAAUUCCAUUUAGGAGGCCAAAGCUGAAACUUGGUAUAAUAGGUGCCUACUUAAUGGUGUUAAUAAUACAAAUGAGGUGGCCUUAUUAUCAAGGCUUUUAUAAAUGAUUAUCAUUCUUUUAACUCAUAUUUGUGCCUUUUCAUUUUAAUGCUGGAAUUUUUAUAUGUAAACUUUAAAAAAAAUUUGAAGUACCAAAUUUGGCUAAUAGUUUUCUGUUUAGGUGGCAUUUUAUUAGCAACUGUAGCUUUCAUUAUAUAAUUUUAAUUGCCCUCUGUUUUUUGAAGCUGUAUUAAAUUUUUCUUAACUUUCUAAGAUUUCAGGUCUUUAAAUCACAAGAGAAGUCUUGGCAUGACUAGCAUGCACAUUUCCAUCCUGAAGUGUUUUCCCCUCACUAAAAAUAUGACUUCCUGUAAAUUCUUCUUGAAUUUAUAGUGUGAUGCCAAAUAAGAUUUUCUCAGGAUUUUAUUAGGUUGAACCAUAUGAAAUUGCUGAGAUUUUACCUUUUUAACUUAAGAACACUGUUGUUUCUUAUGGUUUUUCCUAAUAGAUACCUCUCAUACCCUCUAAACCAAAUACUUAGAGGACUUUGAAAUAUAUAUAUAUUUUUAAAUAACUUUUUAAAGUACGGUAAUCCUAAUUAAACUUAUUUUUAUAGUCUUUUUCCCUUAUGAGUUACAUGUGAUAAUGCUUUAUGUUAUAUGUUAAAUGUAAAGACCUGUGAAUCAUUGGUUGACUUUUUGUAGUUUCUUGAAAAGAAAAAAAUCAGUUCAUUUUCUGUAUCAGUAUGAUAUUAAAUGUCAAAGCUGUACCAUGUAACCAGCGUAAGAUCUCAAAAAACACAUUUUAUAUCUGGAACUUCAUGCCAAUACUCUGCAUUUAAAGAGAGAAUUUAAUAUUUAGGAAAGCUUGGGAAAUUAAGCAGGAAGUAAUGCAAAUGAUCCUUUUGUCACAGUGAUUCCUUUAUGGGUGAAGGUAUAAUGGCCUCCAGCUCUUACUGUGUCAGACCCUGUUGUUUAAUAUUAUCUUAAGCCUACAGAUUUGAAAGAUGGUAGGGAUUUUCACCAUCUUCUCAUCACAACUCUUCCAAAGAAGGAACUUGGCUUCUGAGGUAUAUGCCUGAGUGAGAAAGGAUCUUUUCCAAUACUUCCAAGAAGGAAUGUCUGACUUGCUGAUCUUCCCAAAUGCUUCCCACUUGAAAAUUCCUAAAUGAAGUCUAUUUAGGGGAGUCACCUCUAUCAUCAUAACUUUAUCCUAAUCCACAAUAUUGGGGUUGAGAGUUGCAAAAGCAUCGUUUUGUAAGUAUUUUAGGUAACGAUAUAAUUGGAGCAUUUUAGAGUUCUAUGGUUAGAAAUUCUCUUGCUCUGUAGAUAAAGAUGCUAGAGAGAAGAUCUGACUGAAAUGGUUUCCAUGGCCUUUCCCCCUCCCUUAGUUCCAUGACAAGUAUGAAAAGUAAACCACUGAGGAGCUCUCUAAAGUAAAUUAACUCUCAGGGAUCCCUUCCCAGUUCUUUACCGUAUAUAAUAAGAGAACCUAUGGGACCUUGAAAGUUAAAUUCCUUUGGACCUAUAUAUUAGAGACAUGUUUUAUUUCAACAGUGUGGUUUAAGUACUUGAAUGUCACAAAAAAUGUUUCUUCUCCCAACUUUUACAGGGUGUGAUUCUUAAAUGCUUUUUUUAAUGUUCCAGGUAUAUAUAAGGAUAUGUAUUGUAACCAAUAUGGGUGUGUAUAUUUUGCAAAGAUUGUAGUGUCUAUCUUGAGAAGGAAACUAUUUUCAUAAAUUGUUUUUAUUUUAUAAGUACUAAUAAAAUUAAUAUGA